AUGUCUGUUAAUGCUUGUCCGUCAGAUAUAAAAAAAAUGCCAGUUUCUAUGGUAGAGCCGCAACCCAAAAAAAUGUCAAGUUUGAAAGAAAGAAUUCUAAAAGAAUUUGAUGCUACUGAUAUUGAAGGUAACUCAGAUGUUUCUGAGGAAUUAUUCUUCAGAUUUUUAGAGUUUAAGACUGCAAAAGAGUUUAAAGAGAUAGAAGAAUUAAGAAAAUCCAAUCUAGCUUUAUUAGGAUCGAUAACAAAAUCUUGUAUAAAAAGCGACAAAUUUUCAGAAACUACCAUUAACAAAAUUUUAGAAGCAAUUUGCAAUACGGUACACAAUAAAGAAAGCCCAGGUUUAGGUACUAGUACCGUAUAUAAUACUCCAAGUACAGUUAUUAAGCAUCCAAAUGUUAUCCCAUCGCCACCAAUUAUGGAGACCCACAAGAAGGAAAAGAAAGAAAAGAAGGAAGCUUUUAUAAAAUCAGAUAAACUAAAAGUAAAAAGGUGGGUAGAGCCAGUUGAAGCCAAUUCCCAAACGAAUUCAUCACAGAAAGAUAAUAAUAAUAGUAACAACAACAACAACAGUAAUAAUGAUCCAUCUUUUAAGCGAAGAAUGACGCCAGUAAAUUCCGACUCUACAGCUAAGAAACGAAUAAAGAAGAAAGAAAAGACAAAGAAAAUCAGGCAAAUGUCAGUAAUUAAAAACAAUGAUUAUUCAUAUAGAGAUAUUAUGACGCCAAAGUUAAAACAGGAAGUAACAGAAAAAAACAGAAGUUUAACUCCAAAAGGACCCAUAAUAUUAAAUGAAAGUCAAACCCAGAAAGAGAUUUUUAAUGCUCCAGAGACAAACUCUUUUGGUAUUACUUCUCAGCAUUCAGCUUUCCCAAAACAUAAUGAGUACAAUGUAACAUCGUUCAAACAAAUGAGAAAUCAUAGUUUACAAGGAUUUAACCACUAUAUCCCUUCACAAGUUCACCAAUCUGAAAGGUCAAUGGUACCAAAUCCACUCCCCACAAUUUCAAUUGGUAAUAAUAGUAUUACAAGAAGACCUAUUCCAAUGAAAGAUACAAUGAGAAAGGUAUCGAAUGGCACUAUCGAGUUACCCCCUAAUUCAGAGCAUUCUCAAUUAUCUGUCCAAUUACCCAAAAUUGGGGCAAUGAAUCAUGUAUAUAGUAAUGGAGAACAUAAUAUUCAACAAGAAUCAAAUUUACAACCAUCACCACAAUAUUCCCAUUUCAACACUCUUCCAUUUACCAAUUUUAAAGGAUAUGUGGAGUCGAAGUGGGGAUCUAAUGGUUACAAUAACCCAAACAUGUCUCAACUUCAGAACGUAAAUGAAUCAAAAGAGAGACUACUAAGAUAUACUGACAAUCAAUAA